UGUACAUAUAUAUAUCCCUCCCCAAGCAGCCAAAGUACAUCACUUCCCUACCAUCGAUCGCUUUGAACGCACACUGCUCUACUAGAUCACAUCAUGUCUCAUACUGGAGCUCAGGGUAGCAUGGGCAGCUCCUCCGCCAUGGGGAUGCGCUCUCACAAGAUGUACAUCUACGAGUACGAGAACUUCCAGGGCCGCAGGAUGGACCUCAGCGCCGAGUGCCGCAACCUGUGCGAGAAGAACUUUGACAAGAUCGGAUCCAUCAGGGUGGAGUGUGGACCCUGGGUGGGUUAUGAGAUGCAGAACAUGGGCGGAGAGAUGUUCAUGCUGGAGAAGGGAGAGUACCCCCGCUGGGAUACCUGGUCCAACAGCUACAGGUGUGACCGCAUGAUGUCCGUCAGGCCCGUCCGCAUGGACCCCCAGGAUCACAAGAUCUGCCUGUACGAGUCCAUGAACUUCGAGGGCCGCAAGAUGGAGGUCAGCGACGAGGACAUCCCCAGCCUGUGGUCUUACGGCUUCCAGGAUCGUGUUUCUAGCAUCCAGGUCACCGGUGGAACCUGGGUGGGCUACCAGUACCCUGGCUACCGUGGCUACCAGUACGUGCUGGAGAUGGGAUCUUACAAGCAGUGGAACGAGUGGGGCGCCAACCACCCCCAGAUCCAGUCCAUGCGCCGGGUGAGGGACAUGCAGACACACCGCAGGGGCUGCUUCGAGAUGAGCAACUAGAGACACGACCGCAGCGGCAGGACAGAGGCGCCAGGGUGACGCCGCCCUGGAGGACAGCCUGGGACCUGUGUUCUGUAGAAAGACUUUUCAGGGUGACAGCGGGAAAAGUGACAGCAAAGCUCUUUGUCUGAAGACCUCACACCAUUUUAGCACAAAUAUGCAUUUCAGAGAACGAAGGGGAAGGGAUACGUGGAAUUGGGCAGAUGGAGUUGUUAAAAUCGUUUGUGUUUAUUAACGCAACCUGAUUUUUUUUUUUACAUCUGCUUCUGCGAAUGCGUUUCUUGCUGUAUUUAUAGAUGAACCAUGAGCCUGUUCUUGAAAUUGUUCUCCUUCGACUGAGAUGCACCGAGUUUAAGGGAUGGACACUUAAGUCACUUACUUCACACCUUACACUACCAUGGACAGCUCUCAGCCUUCCUCAACCCUCCUGCAUUACAAUCGUCAUGCAGAAAGGGGGCAGUAUACCCUAACGGUCUCUGGUCCAUCAGUGCAACUACAGAACCUCGACAUCUAGAGUCGUUGAUGUAGUGUUAAGCCUGUGGUUCAGGCCUGUUACAUACUGCUGUUCAAGGUAGUUUUCACACCUGUUAUGAUCUUUUGGCUGACCUCCUCCACCUCAUUGAUGAGGCAGGACCAUUAGAAUCGUAUUUUACACUUUCUCAGGGAUGCUGGCAUCUGGAAAGCAACUUUCCACUGAAAAUGAAUUAAAUUAAUGAAAUAAAAAACAUUAUGAAGAAAAAA